UGAGUAAAAACAACAUGGAUGCGCCUCAAAAGCGACAGAAUAAAAACUGGAAAGAUUGGAUGAGCCAGUUACCAAGUCACCUGCAAAAAGUUCCUCUAAAUAAACUUGCAAUUCCAGGUUCUCAUAAUUCGUUCUCCUACAGCUUGGACCCACAGUCGCAGGUGGCCCCAGACCAAUCCAGGGAAAUACAAGCAGUUGUCCACAUGUUUGGCGCACCCGGUCGUGACGUCAUUCAUCGUUGGUCUAUUACACAGAAUCUGACUGUGGAACAACAGCUGAAUUCCGGAAUUCGAUAUUUUGAUCUGCGUAUUUCUAGGCACUCUGCUUCUGGAAAGGUUUGUUUCGUUCAUGGACUCCAUGGUGCAGACGUUAUCCCAUGCUUGGAAGAUAUUAAGAAAUUCCUUGAAUCUCACCCGAAAGAGAUCGUGAUUUUAGACUUUAACCAUUUGUAUGCAAUGGAGGCAGGUCAUCAUGCUUCAUUGCUUGAGACUAUGACAGAGAUAUUUGGGAACAAAAUAUGCCCAUUUUUGAACAUGGAGUGUUUAACUCUUGAAAUGCUUUGGGAGAGCGAGCUUCAGGUUAUAAUUUUAUAUCAUCAUCAUAUUGUGUCUGACAACCCAUUUUUUUGGUCAGGAUCAUUAAUUAGAUCACCAUGGGCGAAUUCAACGGAUAUAUCCCAUGUUUUAUCUUUUCUCGACAAACACAAAAGAGAAAACGACGAUAAAGAACGAUUUUUCUGUUGGCAAGGCGUAUUGACGCCAAACGCACAGACGAUCAUUUCCCACUUCUCCGGAAGCUUGAAGGAUGUACUUGCUUCGAGGCUGGCGCCAUUCUUUGUCACGUGGGUGAAGAAUGGUAAAAAUGUGAAUUGCAAGCAUGGCAUCUUCAUUAUGGACUUUGUUGAAAUGGCAGACUUCAUUCCUACUGUAAUUGACCUCAACUAUUGAACCAGUUUUGAUUGUGUGUUGUGAAUGUCAAAUAUCUACAUAUCAUAUUUGUGUAUUUUUGAAAUAAAGUCAUCAAUGAAACAAAA